AUGUACAGGUCUAGAUUGUCAGUUAUUCUGGUUAUAUACAGAAUAUACAGGUCUAGUUGUCAGUUAUUCUGGUUAUAUACAGAACGUACAGGUCUAGAUUGUCAGUUAUUCUGGUUAUAUACAGAAUGUACAGGUCUAGAUUGUCAGUUAUUCUGGUUAUAUACAGAACGUACAGGUCUAGAUUGUCAGUUAUUCUGGUUAUAUACAGAACGUACAGGUCUAGAUUGUCAGUUAUUCUGGUUAUAUACAGAAUAUACAGGUCUAGUUGUCAGUUAUUCUGGUUAUAUACAGGACGUACAGGUCUAG